AUGCCCGAGGCUUCGUACAGCUUCGACGCCCUCUCGCUGUCCAGCACGGAGAGAGAACGAGUCCUCACCGAACUGGCAGAGAGGCUGCCUGGAAAGGGAUUGAAGAGGAUGCUCAGUGUUCGGGCAAAGCUCGAAGUGGCCAAAGCACUGCAGGUGGACUUGCGCAGGGGCUUGAAAGAGCGUAGUGUGGUGCACUAUGCGCGGGCAGGAACUUGGGUGCCUGCGAGCAGCGUGCAAGCUUACCUGGAUGACUGCCUCCAAGCCAUGCCGCCAUCCAAUCCGUACCACGGCCCAAGCCACGUCGUUGAUAUCCUUCAGUUUCUAGUGACACUGCUGGAAGAAACCGGCUUGGACCAGGUGCUUUCGCCGGAGUCCCGCGCGGCGCUGUUUCUUGCUGGCGCAGCGCAUGAUGUAGAUCACACCGGCACUACGAAUGCCUUCCUCGUCAGCCUUGGCCACGCGUAUGUGGAGGAGGUGGAGGAUGGCGUCGGCCCCAUGGAGAGCCACUCCGCUCGGCGCGCGACCGCGCUCCUCGAGGAGCGGCGCCUGCGCUUGUCGCCAGCCCCUGUCCUGCUUCGAGAUGUCGUGAGGGCGACUAUCCACGGGACAGAUUUGGCAAGGCAUCAGCAGAUCGUAGACUCCUUCAGCGCUGAGAUGGAGGCAGCAGUGACAGAAGAAGCUGUGGCUGCCUUCUUCUCGCUCGAGAGCGUGCAAGGACAACUUCUUCUCCAGCUUCUUCUCAAGGCCGGCGAUGUCAGCAACCCAACUAGACCACUGGCUACAGCAAAGGCGUGGAACAGCCAGGUCUACCAGGAGUUUUACGCAGAGGGUGAUCAGGUGUUGUCUGCUGGUGGCAAGCCCAACCCUCUGCAUGACCGCAGAACAAACAGCAUUCCCAAGUCCUCUGUGGGCUUCAUCAACUGGGUGAAGUGUAUCUUUAACCUCCUGAAGGAGUUCCUGGUACGGUGUAAAGACGCCGGAGUCUCCGAAGUUCGGCCAGAAGGCCUCGACGCUGUUCUGGCGCGCCUCGAUGAAAACGCUGCAUCCUUUGCCAAGGAAGCUGCCCAGCUGGAGGCCUGUCAUUCGUGCCGACUUAGUAUAUUGUAUACGAAGCGGAAGCAGGUAACAUCAUGA